GUGAUGAAAGCCCCGAGAUGCGCAGGUGAACCUCCCGAGGGCGGCGGCGUUUAACUCUUCCUGCCUCCCUCGACGGCCGCUCUUAUCAGAUGGCCAACCCCUCGUUUCGUAACCCUGGGCGAACCAGUCGCCCUUCCCGCGCCGGGGCGGCGCCGAAGCGGGUUAUAAGGCUCGAACUUCGCCGCAGCUCCUCCACCCAACCGGCCCCGCGCGUUUCCGGCUCCCACCGCCAUCCGCAGCAGCCGUCUGGCCGGCCGGGGCGCAGCUUUCGUUCGACGGAGCGGGACGAAGCGCAAAGAGCCGCCGUCGAGCCGGGACCAUGGCCGGGCGCUGCCUCCGCCUGGCGCUUCUCCUCCUGCUGCCGCUCCUCGACGCCAAGGCCGGGCAGAGUUGCUACAAGCCGAGGAUUCCCAGGCCCUACGCCGUCCGAACCUACCCUCGUCCUUAUGAAUAUCUGGACACCUCAAAACUGCCCAAGAGCUGGGACUGGAGGAAUAUAAAAGGAGUCAACUAUGUGAGUGCCACACGCAACCAGCACAUCCCACAGUAUUGCGGAUCCUGCUGGGCUCAUGGCAGCACCAGCGCUUUAGCAGAUCGCAUCAAUAUCAAGAGGAAAGGCAUUUGGCCUUCUGCCUAUCUCUCAGUCCAGAAUGUGAUUGACUGUGCCGACGCUGGCGGCUGCAGCGGAGGGGAUGACUUGCAGGUCUGGAGUUAUGCUCAUGAGCACGGCAUCCCCGACGAGACCUGCAACAACUACCAAGCUAAAGACCAAGAUUGUGAUACGUUUAACCAGUGUGGAACGUGUGAUACUUUUGGAAAAUGUCAUAUGAUAAAGAACUACACCCGCUGGAAAGUUGCUGAUCAUGGUACUGUCAGCGGGCGGGAAAAAAUGAUGGCGGAAAUCUAUGCAAGUGGUCCUAUCAGCUGUGGGAUCAUGGCCAGCCCGAAGCUGCACAAUUACACUGGAGGACUUUAUGCUGAAUAUCGUCUGCUGCCGUCUAUAAACCAUGUCGUUUCUGUUGCUGGCUGGGGUGUCGAGAAUGGAACCGAGUAUUGGGUUGUCCGGAACUCUUGGGGCGAGCCAUGGGGCGAGAAGGGCUGGCUUAGAAUCGUAACAAGUGCAUAUAAAGGGGGGAAAGGAGCAUCCUACAACCUUGGUGUUGAAGAACAAUGUGCUUACGGAGACCCAAUUCUUCCUUAACUCUACUGGAGGAGGAUCUGGAAACACAUGUUCAGAAGGCAAGGACUGUCCCAGCCCACUGCUUCGCAAAGGGAUGAGUUAAUACUCUGCAGCAGCCAUUAAUCAUGGAACGGUGAACCUUUAUUCUUUCUUGAACUAAACCUUUCUCUUAAAAUAAUUCAAUGUUGUUUAUGAAAUGACCCAAAGAAUGACAUGCACUGAUUGCACUGAGAGAAGCAAAGCAAAGAGUUUUUAUUACUUUUGCAUAUGGAAAUUAGUUAAUUUUUAUCGUAGUUAUUUUACAGCUUUCUGGGCAGGGAGAGACUUUUCUCACUGUACAGGCAUAGUGGAGAGGAGGAGAUGAUUUGAGUCAGAAAAGCUUGGAAACGUGGGUGCCUCCUUGCUUUCUAUAGGGCUCAUUUUUCUUGCUGAAAGUCUUCAGGAGCUGUUCAGUAACAAUGAUAGUAUUACAGAACCAGCUGUUAUGUGACGAGCUAUUGAUGGUCCUCCUUUCAGUCUUGCCCCAAAGUGGGCAACCUGUUAUCUUCCAAUAGGCUGCUGGGUCUGCAUUCCCCCCCCCCCAUAAUCCCAGAUCAUUCAGGCUGAUGGACAUCAUGGUCUCCCGUCCCUGGUCAAGCACAGGAUUUGCACUCAUCCAUCUACAAGCUGCUGAACUGGCUGGUAAGCAUUAAGGAGCAGCUUCCUAGCAGUAUCAGCUCAUAUUUUGAACACAUGGCAUUCUUGUUAUUACCCCACACUGACCUAUCUCCUCUCCCCUGGAGCUGGGUGCGGCUUUUAAGGCUGCUUAGUGCACGGUCACAGCUACUUAUCUUGCCUUCUGCAGUCUCCAUUCUCUUCCUCAUAAGCUGCAGAUCAGAUCAGAAUCCACUAGUUGACUAUGGAGGGUUGUGCUAAAACUAGCAGCAGCAGUAGCAGUAGGCCAGCACUCCUUGUGAGAUUACAGCUGAGCAUUGCCUCCACCCCAUCGUCCUGUUCCCCUAGGCUUCUGGCACCCGCUGUUUCAAGUAAGGGUAAAACAGCGGCUGCAAGCUAUUUCUGCACAAGCUCCCCAGGGUGUCAGGGGAAGGCAGGCUGUGUGAUUUUGUCAACCUAUGACCAAGCUCAGCGACGCCACCAGCCAAUCACAGCCUGUUUUUGCUCCAUAUGGGGAACAGCACAAACAAGGGUUGCCAAGUACCUUGUAAGCUAGAAUUCACAGCUAAUGCAGGUUGAGUUUGGUGGCUCAUAAGCUAAACAGCCUUGAGCUUUGGGUAUUCAGAUCCUUUCUGGAUUGUAGCACACAACCUGUGAGGGAGAUUUUGUCUAGUUCAUUAGCUAAGGUUCCAUGAUUACACUUUGCACAGUAUUUAUUUAUAUUUAAAAUAUUCCUUAACCACCCUUCAUCGAAUGAUUCCAGGGCAGUGCACAGAAGUGUGAAUGAAAUUGAUUUAUAUGCAACAUAUCAGUACAAUACCAUUUAAAACCAACAAGCACAACCCACAAAACUUUAGAAAAAUACAUUUCGCCAAGGCAUCUACCAUGUCUGUGACCGUAAUACCUUUAAAGAAACUCACGCAACAUUUAAUAAAAAAUGAAUUUAAUAAAAAAUAUAACUUAA